CUCCUCCCCGUGCAGCCUGCGGCGCCAUGGGGGACCCGGAGCUAGGCGAGGAGUCGGGCGAGACUCGACCGCAGACCCCCGAGGACGGCCUCGACCCCGUCAUCGACCACGAGCUCUCCUCUGAGGAGAAACGCUUCCUGCUGUUCGCCGAACGGGGAGAUGUCGCCUCCGUCGCCCAUGAUCUGGAGAGGACCAAGCUGAACAACAAGAUCAACAUCAACUGCACUGACCCUCUGGGUCGCACGGCGCUCGUCAUUGCCAUCGACAAUGAAAACCAGGAGAUGAUGGAACUGCUGCUGAACGCCGGGGCAGAACCACGGGACUCGCUUCUUCACGCCAUCUCAGAGGACUACGUGGAAGGCGUUGAGUACCUUCUAUCGUGGGAGGAGGCGAACCAUCAGAAAGGGGAACCAUACUCCUGGGAACGUAUCGACGAGCGGGUGGCCACCUUCACGCCCGAGAUCACACCACUCAUCAUGGCAGCGCAGCGCAACAACUACGAGGUGCUGAAACUGCUGCUGGACCGCGGCGCCACGCUACCGCUGCCACACGACGUCAAGUGCGGCUGCGACGAGUGUGUGCUCUCGCAGCAGCAGGACGGCCUCAGACACUCGCGCUCUAGGAUCACGGCGUACCAGGCGCUCGCGUGUCCGUCCCUCAUCUGCCUCUCGUCACGCGACCCGAUUCUCAGCGCGUUCGAGCUGAGCGCAGAGCUGCGCAAGCUCUCCUCCAUCGACACCGAGUUCAAGACGGAAUACGUGGGUUUGAGGAAGAACGUGCAGCACUUUGCCGAGUCGCUCGUGGACCACACUCGGAAGUCGCUGGAGCUUGAGAUCAUGCUCAACUACGACCCGGAAGGCGGUGCUUACGUGCCCGGCGAGCGGAUGCACUUCGAGAGACUGAAGACGGCCAUCCGAUACAGGCAGAAGGAGUUCAUCUCGCACCCGAACGUGCAGCAGCUGCUGGGGACCGUCUGGUACGACGGCAUGCCCGGCUUCCGUCGUAAGGCCAUGCUGGGACAGCUGCUGGAAGUGGCUCAGAUCGGCACCCUCUUCCCCGUCUACGCCAGCAUGUACAUGGCGGCACCUCACUCCAGCUGGGCGCACCACUGCCGCAAGCCGUUCGUCAAGUUCAUCAUCCACUCCAGCAGCUACAUGUUCUUCCUGUUCCUGCUGGUCAUGGUCUCGCAGCGGAUGGAGAGUACGGUGGUGAGGAUGUUCGGCACGGAGGGGAUGGUCGAACGCCAGGACGAAUACGAGCGCAAGGCCCGCGGCGCCGUCCCCACCUACAUCGAGAUGUUGGUCAUCUUCUACAUCUUCGCGUUCCUUUGGGCCGAGAUAAAACAACUAUGGGAAAAUGGACUGGCUGACUACCUAGGGGACAUGUGGAAUGUCGUAGACUUCGGGACCAACUGGUUCUACGUCAACUGGAUAGGACUUCGAGCAACGGCUUUCAUAAUAGUAUGGCGGGAGCAGUCUGCAGGCAUUGACCCCUGGCGACCAAAGGAGCAAUGGCACCCUUAUGACCCCAUGUUCAUCUCGGAAGGCAUGUACGGAGCGGCCAACAUAUUCAGCUUCCUGAAGCUGAUCCACAUCUUGUCCGUGAACCAGCACCUGGGACCGCUGCAGAUCUCCCUCGGACGCAUGGUGUUCGACAUCAUCAAGUUUAUGUGCAUCGUCAUGCUCGUGGUGUUCUCCUUCGGAUGCGGCCUGAACCAGAUGUUGUGGUACUACGCUGAUAUGGACAAGGGCCUCUGCUACUCGGGACCAGGCGGAACCCCAAACGAAGACUACGAAAACUCCUGUCAGAUAUGGCGGCGAUUCUCCAACCUCUUCGAGACGAGCCAGUCGCUCUUCUGGGCGGUGUUCGGCCUGGUCGACCUCGAAAACUUUGAGCUCACGGGCAUCCAGGAGUUCACGCGCUUUUGGACGCUGCUCAUGUUUGGCAGCUACUCGGCCAUCAACAUCGUGGUGCUGCUCAACCUGCUGAUCGCCAUGAUGUCCAACUCCUACAACAUCAUCUUUGAACGCUCGGAUCUAGAGUGGAAGUUUGCGCGGUCCAAACUAUGGAUGAGCUACUUUGAGGAUGGCAGCACUCUGCCCCCUCCCUUCAACAUCAUCCCGACGCCAAAGAGCUUCAUCAGGCUCUUCGGUAUCGGCAAGACCAAGCAGGCGGCAUCGUUUCGAAAGAAAGACCAGCAGAAACGCGACAAGCAGUACUACAGCGUCAUGCGUGCCCUGGUCCGACGUUACGUGACCUUCGAGCAGAAGAAGCUGGAGGACACUGGAGUCACGGAGGACGACAUCAACGAAGUCAAGCAGGAUAUCAACAGCUUCAAGUACCAGCUGCUAGACGUGCUCAGGAAGAACGGGAUGACCGUCGGCAACUCAGGAUCAGAUGACAAAUUCGGCGUCGGCCGCAAACAGCAGCAGAAGGAGCGCCGGCUCAUCAAGGGCUUCAACAUCGGCCUGGUGGAGAACGCCUAACUUCAGCCUCAGCUCCACCGGCAACAAAGCGGCCGACUUCUUCAGUGGCGUCCUGCUUGGCAAGCCGAAGCAAACUAGCAAGA